CAACAUAACAAAGAAAAAAAAAAAAAAGCCCAAAAACAUUAUUAACAACCAUGAGUUUCUUCUACAGUUUAACAAGUGGAAGUACUAGUCAUCUUCUCCCUCCAUUUCAACUCAUAACCACAACCAAGAACAAAAAUUCCCCAAUUAUUCUUAACAAAUCCCCAACAUUAUCAUCACAAAACCAUAAUAAUAAUGCUAAUCUAAAAAUUAGCCCAUCUUCAUUAUUAUUAUUAUCAAGAAAGAACUUACUAAAUUUAGCCAUUGCAUUUGUGACACUUACUUCAUCAUCACCAAUAAUAAUACCAUCAUCUCUUGCUAUUCCUUCUAUUAAUAGUAAUAAUAAUAAUAAUAAAUCAGCAGCUAUUCCACCACAAAUUAGUACCACCCCAUUUUCUCAAUCCAAAAACUUAAUCACUGGUUUGGAUAAUGGGAAGAUUAGACCGUGUCCAUCGAAUAAUCCUGGAUGUGUUUCAAGUAACCCACAAUCGUCAUCUUUUGCGUUCCCUUGGAGGAUUCCGGACAAUGCAUUAGAUAAUGCCAUCCAGCAACUGCAACAAGCGAUUUUAGAGACACAGAAGAACGCCGAGAUUGAGGUUGUUGAGGACACCCCUGAUGGCAAAUAUUUGCAAGCAACAGUUGAUGGAGGGUUCGGACGUGAUGUUAUGGAGUUCAUGUUGAAAGGGGACGUCGUCUCUUAUCGAUGCAUGGCCACAAAGGUUACAUAUGUGUACCCUUUCACUACAGCCUUAGGCGAUUCAAAAGGUCAAGAAGAAAGAAUAAGGAAGGUCGUGGACCAAUUAGGGUGGGAUGCCCCUAGUUUUAGUGCCAUGGAUUAAGUCCACUUUGAACGUAUAUAUACACACACGAAAUGUUCACUAUUUCUACUUGUGUAUGUCUUUACAGUUUCAUUAUCAGAUGGUACAUGUUGAUUUCAUUCACUGCUUUCCUUUGUACACAUUUAUUUGGAUCUACAUUUCUCCAGGGUUGGAUCAUAACGUGUUAUAUUGAACUCAUUAGCCGCACAACACACAUUUUUAGGCGCAACCCUCGAUUUUUUGUUGUAUAAUAUUUGUCAACAGAUUAUGAAACUGUAAUUAGAAUGGUACCCAUAUGUUCU